ACCGUGGGGAACUACGGGGAAGGCGCGGACUUCCCUAGGUCUUGCGCGCGCACUUUCAGCUCUGGGAGAAGCGGCUCAGAACCAGAGUUCGUGUUCACAUCUGGACCUCCCUAGCCAGAGGCGGAAUCCCACCGGGCCAAAUGAAUUCUAGGGGUGACUCCGCGCGCCUCCGCCUGCAGCAGCCUUUGCCUUAUAAGGCGGGGCCGGGCGGCGCCAGGGGAGUGGCUGUGGCUGCCCCUGCCCCUCCUGGCCCCGGCCAGCUGCUGAGACCCGCUACCCAGCGCAGCGCAGCGGAGCCACAGCGGAGCGGAGGAGCGCACACAGCAGGCCAUGGGCAAAUCAGCUUCCAAACAGUUUAAUAACGAGGUCCUGAAGGCCCACAACGAGUACCGAGCUCAGCACGGUGUCCCGCCACUGAAGCUCUGUAAGAAGCUCAACCAGGAAGCUCAGCAGUAUUCGGAAGCCCUGGCCAGCACAAGAAUUCUCAAACACAGCCCAGAGUCCAGUCGUGGCCAGUGUGGGGAGAACCUUGCAUGGGCAUCCUACGAUCAGACAGGAAAGGAAGUGGCUGACAGGUGGUACAGUGAAAUCAAGAGCUACAACUUCCAGCAGCCCGGUUUCACCUCAGGGACCGGACACUUCACAGCCAUGGUGUGGAAGAAUACCAAGAAGAUAGGCGUGGGGAAGGCGUCUGCGAGUGACGGGUCCUCCUUUGUGGUGGCCAGAUACUUUCCAGCGGGGAAUAUUGUCAACCAGGGCUUCUUUGAAGAGAAUGUCCCCCCUCCAAAGAAGUAACUAACACCACCAAACAUAAUGAGAUGGAGACGCAUUUACGAAGUGCCUGUUGAACCACAAAAAGCCAGGAAGUGUCUGUCCCUGGGGUGUAUGUACUUCUGUGUUUACCUGUGAGCAUCUCCUGUGACAGCUGCACUUGAGCUCAUUCUGAUUAAAGGAGGGGCAUCCGAAA